AUGGUCAGAGUUACAGUCGAACCCCUGUACGUGGGGGGGAGGGGAUGUGGCGGCGCCCAUGCGGCGCUUCUUCGCUUGGGAAGAUUUUCGCUUCUCAUGAACUGCGGCGCAACCGAUCUCUUAGACCCUCAUGACAUCGACCUUCUUCUCCCCGUUCCUGCAUUUCUGACGCAAGCUAGCCAACGACUGGGGAAGGUGGCUCUGGAAGGCGCCGUUCUGAACAAUGUACAAAACCGCGGUGUACGCCCGUGCAACGUACCUCGGGGUGUACGAACACCUGAGCUAGGAGAGGGUGUGCCGCCUGGGGGGACCCGCGCAGGCGAGGAUGCCGGUGGAGAGGGACAGCGCACAGGAGAGGAGGCGCAGAAGGGAAAGACUGGGACAGGGAGAGAUGCACAAGGCGCGCAGGACAGCACUUCUGAGUUCCAGGGAACCCCGGAGACUCCAGUGUCGCUUAAAGACGUUUCGGUGAUCAUGGAAGCCUGCCGAGUGCUGCGGUAUGAAGAGCGAGUUCGCCUUUUCCCGCGGAAGCGAAUGGGGGAGCGGGGAGGAAGGAAAGAAGGCGAAGAGGGAGACAGAGCGGAAGGCGCAGACGCGGAACACACAAUCAGUCGAGACCGAGCCCAGUCAGACACGGAAGACGACUCAGAGGAAGAGGAAGAGGAAACUGAGGUGUAUGUACACUGCAUCAGGGCAGGCCACGCCCUCGGAGGCGCUGUGUGGCUUUUCGACGCGGAUGGAAGAAAAGUUAUUUUCGCCAUCGACCAUUCUCUCAAUCCUCUCUGGAUUCCAGCCCUUCGUGCACUUUUCCUCCAGAUUGCUCGCGUCCUGCAGAGAGGCGGCGAUGUGAUUAUUCCUAUGGACGUUGGCACUCUUACGCUCCCAGGACCGACGAAGGACUCGCCCUGGCUAGCUCGAAAGCAGGCUCCAAGAGAGCCUCUCCCCCCGCUUUCGUCGGCCGCAAACCUCGUUCCAUCUCAACAGAUGCCCGGGCAAUUCAUUUCUGGUGCACUGACUGCCGAAGAGGCUCCGGCCCGAGCUGGGGAGGAAGGAGACAGAGACAACGCAGCAGGUGGGAAUGGGCCCUCCGGGUCGCCCUUGCCACCGGCUCCAGUUUGGAGCCCAACUAGCGGUGUCUCCUCAACUCUGGCGCCGGGCACAGAUGGCACGCCGUGCCUGGUUCCGCCAACGGCGGGCGACGCCGGGGCCCAGAGACAGCGCGGGGCGUGGGGCGCUCGCAGAAAAGGAGAAGAAGUGCAUGCGGAAGCCGUUUUGGCUGACUUGGGCGGGGGACGCGGUGCGGGCUCUCUUGGGCCGGGCGUCCCUGCUGGCGGAGUUUUUGGGGGAGGACGCGCCCCGCAGGGGACAGCGGGGACAGGUCCGUGGAGCAGCGGUUGUGGGGUGCCCUUUGGGAAUUUGAAGUUCGUCAAGUUGCUGUCGACGGAGCCCGAAGUGGAGUACGUUCUUCAGCAGCGACAGCAUCGCGAGCGAGAGUCGAAAAACACGGAUGACCCACGCAAAAGGCCGGGCUGUGUCUUCGUAUGCGUCCCUGCGAGCCUCGACUCAGGGUUUGGAAGAAGUCUCCUCAUCCGAGAGGCCGAGGAAGAAGAAAAUGUCGUCUUCUUUCUCUCAGAACCCUGGCCGGGCACGACUGCCCACCGCGUGUGGAGCGCGCAGAGCGCGCGUGGCGCGUCCGGUGCCUCGGCCGGUUUGAACGAGGGGACGCCGUUUCCGAGCGAAAGGCCGGAUGUUGCGGAGGGAAAGGGCGAAAGCUCCUUUACGGAGCUCGUGCUGACACAGACACGGCGAAUCGCGCUGUCGCCCGAGGAGCUUCUCCGCCUCUUUGAGAGGGAGAAGGCGCGGCGGACAAAAGUCGAGCUCGACAAGAAGAGACAGCCCGGAGAGGGGGGCUGUGAUGCCGAAGAGCCGGAGCAGCCGAUGGAAUGCGAGGAAGACCACGACGUUCAGGUGGAGGACGAGGCGGAAGAAGAGAAGGGCCCUCUGCUGUUGCACGACGGAGACGACCGGGACUUGGUCGACUACGACGAUGAUCUCGUCCCUGCGAAGCUCGAAGACAUCGACGCAGCACCCUCGUUGUUUCCGUUCGCGCCGCCUGCCUUGUCCCUCGGCGACGACGCGUUCUACGCCCAGCCCGAGCUCGCCGCGGCUGCCGAGCCGACGGAGGGCGAAGUCCCCGAAGAGACUGCGCGGGAGAGUGCGGACCGAGCUUCUGAAGGCCCUGUGCCAGGUGUCUCCUCCCGAGUCCCCACCGACGACCUGGAGGACUCCGGAGACAGUGACUGGCUGGAGACGCGCGGGCCCCGCAUGCACGGCGACCGCGACGACUUUGCCCAGCCUGCGCUCGGCUUCUCUUGCGCCUCCCUGCGCGAAGAGACAGGCGAAGACGGCGAAUCAGCCGGCGUCCAGCGGGAAGGGAAACGCGCAGUGAAGGAACAAGACUCGAAGGUUGCAGCGACGAUCGCAGGCCGACGUGUCGGCGGACUCGAAGGAGACGCCGCCCUCAAAAAGGAAGGAAAAGAAGAAGACUUUGGCGUGGCUGUGAGCGCCGAGCAGAAAGCCAUCUGGACUGCGGCAACCCUGUCUGUGGGGACGUCUUCCUCUGGACCUUCCUCCGCCGUGGCGUCUUUGGAUGCCUUGGCCUCUCCCCUGACGGCCGGCUCGAAACUCCUGUGGGCCGGCGGAGGCGUCUGGACAAGCGACGAACGAGCGGCGCUCGCGGCGCGCUUCGCUCUCCCUCCCGCUGGCCUCUUCCCAGGGGGGGCCGCGGUGUGCAGACACCUCACGGAGGCCGAAAAACGGAUCGCCGGCGCGCCACGAAGAAGACAAGAGAGAAUGAAAGCGGAGUUGCUGCUGGCGAAGGGCGGAGGCCACGUCGCUGCCGCGUCUCCGUGGCGUGGACUCCCUUCCCUUCCCUUCGCUUUCGGGGUCUCUUCCUCGGCCUGUCCUUCGGCUCUCACGGGCGCGACGCCGGGCGUUCUCGCCCCCGGCUUGGGCCACACAGCCAGCGACGCGUAUCGCCUUCAAGACGCUCUGCCGCCCUGGCGAAGACAGCUGAGGCAUUGGUACGGCGGCGAAGAUCCGACGGGAGUCGAGAGCCACACCGUGAAAGUGAGCGUGCGUUGCCACGUCGAGUGUUUCUCGGGAGGCCUCGAGGGCGUCACAAGCCUCCAAGGGUUGGUGAAUUUCCUUUCGCUUCUGCGGCCCCAGAACGUCUUCCUCCUGCCGUCGACAGCGGGGUCUCUGACACGCGGUCUGGUGAGCUCAUGCGGUCUGCCGACUCAGCCGGAGACGCGUGGCUCUGUGUCCCUCGCUGCUCCCGAGGCCGAGAAAGGAGACAGCGCGUCUUCGGUCGCAGCUGCCUCGGUGCAAGACGGCGAAGAGGUCGAGAUGACCGACGCGGGACAGGGCGACGCUGAGGCCUUGAAACCCGGUUCCUCGUCCCGGGGCAAAGAGACACAAGACGCGAUCCGAGCCCACGCCGAUCGCCUCAACGACCUGCCUUCUGGGGAUACCGCCUUCCGCUCCGAAACCGCGCAGGUCGACCUCGGCCACAGACUCGUCUCGGAUCUCCUCGCGGCUCUGGGGGCCCACGCGCGCGUCCAGCUGCUGGUUCCGCGGGCGUUCUCAGCUGCAUCUCCGAUCGCUCUCGCUCCACGCGUAAACCACGUGGGCGUUCUCGACCUCCCCUCUGGACAGGCCGUGCUGCGUCUCGACCGCCGGCUGUGGGCCGAGCUCCAGGCGCAUGCAGUGCCGGUCCCCGCGGCGCGGACGGCCCGGGGGCCCGAGACCCCGCGCCUGCAGGUCCUGUCGGGCGCGACUGGGCUCCAGGGCCCCCGAAAGCGAGGCCCUCGCCAGGGGGCCGACCGAGGAGAAAGAGACACCCCGAAUUGGGGACAGCGGUUGUGCUUCGUCGCGCGCGCUCGCGGCGCCGUCCAGGUGUUGAGUGGCGAAGAGCGGGAAGAGGAGACAGGGCCUGGCGGCGAGAACGGAAUUGACCCCACAGAGACGACGCGAAAGAAAAGGUAUCUCUGCGGUUCUGGAUCGAAGGCGCGGCGUCGGCGGUUCGGCCCCGCGGGCGCGUGCGCGGCUUCUCAGUCUGGUAGCUUCUGGUGUCCCUCGUUAAGGCCUUCUUUCCGCCUGGUCUCCUGCGACGACCCCACACUUGAAGAAACAGCGACCGGCGGAGGGGACGCCUCUGCUACCCAGAGAGACGCAGGCAUGCAAAAUGCCCAAGAGACGACCUCGGCACGAGGCGGGGCUUCGAAUGGGCUGGCCGACGGUGUGGAAGUGUCUCCUCAGGACGACGAGGGAGAACGACGCGCCUCCUCUUUGCGAGAGACAAGGACCUUGGGAGACGCGAAAGGAGACAAAGACGACAGACGGGCCACGCUGCUGCUCGGCCGACUCCAGCUCGGAGACGUUGCGCAGCACUUGUGGGGGCAUCUGGGCUGUGAAGGAGAGCGCGACGGCGAGAACGCGGCAAGAGAGAGAGAAGGCGCAAGCGAAGCCAAGAACGAAAUCGCUUUUGCACCUCAGGGCGAAGUCCUCAGUGUCGCGAACUGCGCAACGAUCAGAAUUGUCCAGGACGGCCACGGCAGUCGCGCGUCGACGUGGGAGGUCGAGAGCACUGUCCACCCUUGGUUUUUUUACCUUCGCCGAUUGUUUGCUUCCCAGCCGUUUGCGCUCACAGGAUCUUAG